AUGAUGUUCCCGAAGUUCGUGAAGCACGCGAGGAGGCAGAUCAUGCCGGUGACGACGCAGCUGUACGAGGCCUUGAAGGACCUCCUGGUAGUGCAGUACAUCCCCUCCACCCUGCUGCAGCAGGCCAACGGCUCCAUUGCGAAGGUGGUUGUGAAGGGGACUCUGAAGGCGGAGGACCAGGCUUGCCUCUACGAGGCCGUGGCGAGCCUGGUUUCCGCCAUGCCGCCCGAGCAGAUGCGGCCGGCGCUGCAGAUGCUGCUGAAGGGCCCCGCCGGGAACCUCACCGAGACCUUGCACGCGCCGCCCGCGAGGCUGGCUGCCGACCUGCAG